CCAGCUUUGGUCGCUCGGCCACUGACAUGGCACCCUACGGAAAUGACAACGGCUAUAACGUGGUGAUAAACAGUACAGCUUCUAAUCUAUUAAUUUGCGUUUUUAAUUAAGAGACAUAGUUAUGUAGAAAGAAAGUAAAUUAACUAAGGAUUUACGUCGUACAGCCGCUGUGAGUUUGUUCGCGGUUUUGCAUGCAGCUGGUCAGUGGCAGAUUGUUGAGAACAAUGGCAGCAGCUCCACCUCCCAACUUCUCCUGGGUUGAACCUCAGAAACUAGCUGGACUGGCAAUGCCGAGAAUGACAGCCCAUUACCAAUACCUAUUGAAUAGUGGAAUUAAACACUUAAUUACUUUAUCAGAGAGAAAACCACCGUACUGUGACACUUGUCCAGAGUUGACUUUGCAUCACAUCAGAAUACAUGACUUCUGUGCUCCAACCUUUGAUCAAAUCAAGCGCUUCUUGUCUAUAGUAGAGGAAGCAAAUUCAAAAGGAGAGGCAGUUGCAGUUCACUGUAUGCAUGGCUUUGGAAGAACUGGGACAAUGCUGGCCUGUUACUUGGUGAAAAGCAAAAAAAUCAGUGGAAUUGAUGCCAUUAAUGAAAUAAGAAGGAUACGCCAUGGUUCGAUUGAAACUCGAGAACAGGAACAAAUUGUAGUGCAGUUCUAUCAGCAAAAUAAGUUUUAAAGUAUAUUAUGCGAUAUAUGUAAAAUCCAUUAAACUACCUGAUGAAGGAA